UUGCCUCUUUAAGAGCGCUGCAGACUUCGGAGUCUAGGUACAGGCAGUGAGUCCUGAUUGUUGUGCUGCUAGUUCGGGAAGAGAUCCGAUCAUCCGCGGCCAACAUGCGAUCCGUCCAGAGGAAGGUGUACGUGGUGGGAGUUGGCAUGACCAAGUUUCUGAAGCCUCGCGAUGCUGUCGACUAUCCAGAUAUGGCGAAGGAAGCUGGUGAGAGCGCUCUUGCUGAUGCGGGGAUUCCGUAUUCCCUGGUGGAACAGGCCUGCGUUGGCUAUGUCUAUGGCGACUCUGCCUGUGGACAGCGAGCGGUCUAUCACAGCCUGGGGCUCACAGGGAUCCCCAUCAUCAAUGUCAACAAUAACUGUUCCACUGGCUCCACCGCUCUUUUCAUGGCCAGGCAGCUGGUUCAAGGAGGUCUGGCAGACUGUGUUCUAGCCCUCGGUUUUGAGAAGAUGGAGCGGGGAUCUUUGAAGCCCAAGUUUGUUGACCGAACCAGUCCCAUGGAUAAGCAUGUGGAAGUUUUGGCGAGCAAAUAUGGCCUGGAGUCUGCUCCUUUGGCACCGCAGUUUUUUGGAAGAGCUGGUCUUGAACAUAUGGAGAAAUAUGGAACAAAGCCAGAACAUUUUGCUAAGAUUGCAUGGAAGAACCACAAGCAUUCAGCAAACAACCCGAACUCACAGUUUCAAGAUGAAUACAGCCUUGACGAGGUGAAACAAUCCCGGAAAGUCUUUGAUUAUCUUACAGUUCUUCAAUGCUGCCCAACUUCAGAUGGAGCAGCAGCUGCUAUUCUAGUUAGUGAGGACUUUGUUCACAAACACGGGUUGGAGGGCCAGGCAGUAGAGAUCCUGGCGCAGGAAAUGGUCACCGACACCUCCAGCACAUUUCAGGAGGACAGCUGCAUUAAACUGGUUGGCUAUGACAUGACUAAGACUGCAGCCGAGCGCUGUUAUCAGAAAGCUGGUGUGAGGCCGGAAGAUGUGAAUGUGAUUGAACUUCAUGAUUGCUUCUCUGCUAAUGAGCUGAUUACAUAUGAAGCACUGGGACUCUGUCCUCCAGGACAAGCUGGUGAAUUGAUUGACAGAGGAGACAACACGUAUGGAGGCCGGUGGGUCAUCAAUCCAAGCGGUGGAUUGAUCUCCAAGGGACAUCCUCUGGGAGCAACAGGCCUGGCUCAGUGUGCAGAACUGUGCUGGCAGCUCAGAGGUCAGGCCGGUAAAAGACAAGUUCCUGGAGCCAAACUAGCCUUACAACACAACAUCGGACUUGGGGGAGCCGUGGUGGUCACCUUAUACAAGAUGGGAUUCCAGGACGCAGAGCCCAGAUCUACCCGUAUCCAGCUGGCACCAACCAGCGCUGAGGAGGGAUUUAAAGCCGAUUUUGUGUUCAAGGAGAUUGAAAAGAAACUGCAGGAGGAGGGAGAGCAAUAUGUGAAAAAGAUUGGAGGAGUGUUUGCCUUCAAGGUAAAAGAUGGACCUGGAGGGAAGGAGGCCAAUUGGGUAGUUGAUGUGAAGAACGGAAGGGGAUCUGUGCACCCUGACUCAGAUAAAAAGGCGGAUUGCACAAUCACAAUGGCGGACUCUGACCUCCUGGCUCUGAUGACUGGAAAGAUAAAUCCUCAGACGGCUUUCUUCCAGGGCAAGCUGAAAAUCACCGGAAAUAUGGGACUGGCCAUGAAACUGCAGAGCCUGCAACUGCAGCCAGUGAAAGCCAAGCUUUAAAGUGAUAAUCCGCUACCAGACAAAUGUGAAUCACGCAGAUGAAGUCCAAUGGUAUCGAGAUGAUGAGAAAGACAUAUUGGGAUCAACGGCAA